AUGGCUGGGGCAGCAGGCCUCUUUGCCUACUUUGAGAAAAGUCCCAGCUCCGUGAAUCUGAAAUCGAAGUACUCAGACGAGGCGCGAAUUGACAUCUUUGUCGUGGACUCGCGCAUUGCCCACCUCGAGGACAUCCAUCAGCAGAAGCAGUGCAGCUUUGAGGGCAGCUGGCAGAACUUCAGCGAGCGCGGGCAGGGGCGACACCACAGGGUUCUCUCCUUUACAGAGUCUGCCACAGGCUGUUUCCUUCUGGUUCAGCUCCUCCUGGCUGGAGUGGUGUUGCGGCGCUUCUUCUUGUUUGUCGACACUGGCAAGCUUCUGAGCCGCGUGAUUGUUUUCAAGUUCUUCGUGCAGGAUUUCCCGCAGCAGAUGUGCAUUGCAGCCUACUUGUAUGCUUGGUACGCUGAAAACGGACUUCGCUGUCAAAUGUGCCUGUUCCAUCCGAGUCACUGCGACGAUCAGCACCCGCUGCACUCCACCAACAUGCUGGUGUGCCUCUUCACUCUGCUGAGUGCUGUCGCCAAUCAGUUCCUGCUACAAGCCAGGUUGAAACCAGGCUACGACAGUGAGGACGAGUGUGUGCUGUGCUUCUUUCGUUUCGUGAUGGUCUCGGUGAGCAUCCUGCCAUUCUCCACGGCGAUGUGCAUGCUGUCAGCACUACUGCUGCAUCUGAAGUCUGUGCUGGUCUACUUCAUGAUCGGUGUGCCAACAGUUCUUGGCUGGGGUGCGAUAACUUGUGUCCCGUUGUUCGUUUGCUGCGAUGACGAGCUGUGA